AUUUCGCCUUUACAGAGGGUGUUAAGCCUAUACAAUUCCACCUUUCACGAUGGCUACAUUACAGUUGACCGCGACCCUUCCCACCCUGCCUUCGGGUUGGUCUGCGGACAAGGAUUUCAAGGCGGUCGGACAUCUCAGCGCUCCAGUCUCCAGGCCCAUCGAGCCAGUUGGACCCCACUAUCUCGCACACGCCCGGAGAAAGCAACACAAGCGUACUUUCUCGGAGGAUGAGCGCAUCCAGGCCGCGGAGCAAGUCAAGAAGACGCAGGACGACGGGCCUGAUGACGACUUUGAUGAGGAUGAGGACCCAAUGAUGUUGCAGCGGGAGGCCAAAGACUGGAAGGCACAGGACCACUACGCCGUCCUGGGUCUGACCAAAUACCGUUACCGCGCGACCGAGGACCAGAUCAAGCGUGCUCACCGCAAGAAGGUCCUGAAGCACCACCCUGACAAGAAGGCUGCCAGUGGCAAGGACGAGAACGACAGCUUCUUCAAGUGCAUUCAGCGUGCCCACGAGAUUCUCAGUGAUCCUGUCAAGCGCCGACAAUUCGACAGUGUUGAUGAGGCGGCUGAGGUCGAACCACCGAACAAGAAAGAUGUGCAGAAGAAGCCCGGAAACUUCUACAAGCUCUGGGGACCCGUCUUCGCAGCCGAGGGUCGUUUCAGCAAGAAGCAGCCUGUGCCCACGAUCGGCGACGACAAUAGCACCCGCGAACACGUCGAGGGAUUCUACGAUUUCUUCUACAACUUCGACAGCUGGCGAACAUUCGAGUACCUCGAUGAGGAUGUCCCUGACGACAACGAGAACCGUGACCAGAAGCGUCACGUCGAGCGCAAGAACAACAACGCACGAAAGAAGCGCAAGACUGAGGACACUGUUCGUUUCCGCAAGCUCGUAGAUGACGCUCUUGCUAUGGAUGAGCGAAUCAAGAAGUUCCGUCAAGAAGGAAACAAGGAGAAGAACAAGAAGCGUCUGGAGAAGGAAGCCGCCGAGGCUGCUGCCAAGGAAGAGGCCCAGAAGAAGAAGGAGGAGGAGGCACGUCUGGCUGCCGAGAAGGCCGCCGCAGAGAAGGCCGCCAAGGAGGAAGGCAAGAAGUCAAAGGAGGCUGCAAAGAACGCUGCGAAGAAGAACAAGCGUGUUAUCCGUGGUGCAGUCAAAGAUGGCAACUACUUUGUGGACGGAACUGCCUCGCCUGCCCAGAUCGACGCUGCGCUCAACGACGUCGAUGCGUUGAUCUUGAAGCUCGACAACGAAGAGAUUGCGGCGCUGACCGCGAAGCUGAACGGACAGACCGACAACGCCACCAUCAAGACCGCGUUUGCUGAUGAAGUCAAGCGAUUGGUCGCAGAUGGCAAGGCCAAGGACGGCGACUACAAGAGCCUCGCAUGAAUAUGUGUAACCACGACCCUUGACUGAUCGAUUGCCGCUCACGACAUCGUCAUGAUACCCAGGGCUGCAUUUAAUCCUGGUGAAAGUGAUGUUCGAAACGGCGGACGCGGUUUUACAGAGGAGCCACGACUGAAUUGCAUGACCUAGAAUAGAAAUAAAAUGAUCAUGACGACUCUGCGAUGACCGCUGACUCAGUGAUGAGUCCCUUAUAUGAAUUACUGCCGUUUAUCGUCGCCUG